GUUUCUAAAGUUGCUUUGCAAUAUUAAUCAUGAUUUAUUUGUAGGGCAAAGAUAAUAAGGUAGUCUUAUCUGGAGAGCCUAAGAGUGGGUGUCUCAGCAGCUGCCCCAUUCGUUAUUGUGGUUAUGAGUCAAUUACUGGCAGCAGUGUGAUUUGUUCUAUGAACAUGUGCGUUCACGCCCUCUUCUGAGCACAGGUUUUGUGUCUGCCUUCUUCCUCCUGCUGUGUCACUGGAGCUCAGUAUCCAGCCAGCCAGACUGCUCUGGGCUGUGGUUCUGCGAUGGCUCCUGCAGGGCUGCCCAGUCUGCUCACCCUGUGUGCAUGUCUGCUGUUCACACCUGGCCUGGCUGAGGCAGGCAAGCUGCUGGUGGUGCCCAUGGAUGGAAGCCACUGGUUCACCAUGCGGUCGGUUGUGGAGAGACUCAUCCAGAAAGGACAUGAGGUGGUUGUGGUCAUGCCAGAUGUGAGUUGGCAACUGGGACAAUCUUUGAAUUGUACAGUGAAGACUUUUAAAACUUCUUACUCCCUGGAGGAUUUGGACCAUGUGUUCAUGGUUUUCGCCAAUGAUCAAUGGAAAUCUCGACAAGGAAGUUUCUUUGAUGCAUUGAGUAGCUCUACUACCACUCAGUAUUUUGAGCUAAUUUUUUCACACUGUAGGAGUUUGUUCAAUGACCGAAAAUUAGUACAAUAUUUAAGAGAGAGCUCUUUUGAUGCUGUGUUUCUGGAUCCUUUUGAUAUGUGUGGCUUAAUAGUUGCCAAAUACUUUUCACUCCCCUCUGUGAUCUUUAGCAGGGGGAUAUUUUGCCAUUAUCUUGAAGAUGGUGCUCAGGUCCCUGCUUCGCUUUCUUACGUCCCCAGAAUUCUCUCAGGGUAUUCGGAUGCCAUGACUUUCAAGGAGAGAGUAUCGAAUCAUAUUCUCUACUUGACUGAGCACUCGUUUUGCUCCAUUUUUAUAAAAACAGCCUUAGAAAGUGCCUCUGAAAUCCUGCAGACACCUGUCACAGCAUAUGAUCUGUACAGCCACACAUCAAUCUGGUUGCUGCGAACUGACUUUGUUUUGGACUAUCCCAGACCCCUGAUGCCCAACAUGAUCUUCAUCGGGGGCAUCAACUGCCACCAGGGAAAGCCACUGCCUGAGGUGAGUUGUCUCUCCUUUAGCAAAAUACGCAUAACCUGUCUUUGGACUUGAAGUAAAA